GUCCGCUUUCACGACCUGGUGCGAGCUUUCAACUAGGAUUUUUUAGUCACCAUCAUUCACUAUUGUUUUGCGUGGUCCAUCGUCAGCGAACGCCCUACUCGUAGGCUGACCCGCCGAGUCUUUACCUUUUAAUAACCCUCGUUCGUUCCUAUGGCCACGCUCCUCGGUUGUAAUUCAUCUUCCCAAUAGAAUCGCAGUGGAGGAGAGGUCGAGGUGUCCCAGCGAUAUCGGCCGGCUACCAUGGCGACCACAACUGGUGCAUUCAUUGCGGGCGGUAUCGCAGCUUGCGGCGCCGUUACUGCGACACAUCCUUUCGAGACAGUCAAGAUCAGACUACAACUACAGGGUGAACUACAGUCGAAGGAUGUGGCAGUCAAGAAAUACAAAGGCGCCUUUCAUGGCGUCGGAGUCAUUGUGAAGAACGAAGGCAUUCGUGGGAUUUACCGGGGGAUUGGGUGCGCAUACGUUUACCAGAUCCUCCUCAACGGAUGUCGUUUGGGCUUCUACGAGCCGAUGAGAGCCGCCUGCACAAAACUCAUUUUCAAGGACUCCGCUGUUCAGUCUUUGGGUGUCAACAUCUUCUCCGGAGCUGCUUCAGGCAUCCUAGGAGCCAUGGCUGGUUCUCCGUUCUUCCUCGUCAAGACUCGCUUACAAUCAUACUCGCCCUUCCUCCCGGUUGGAACGCAACACAAAUACCGCAACGCGAUUGAUGGUGUCAGGCAAAUAUACAAGGGAGAAGGAGUGAGAGGUCUAUACAGAGGCAUGGGUGCCGCCAUGGUCAGGACCGGAGCUGGAAGCUCUGUUCAAUUGCCGACAUACUUUUUCGCCAAAAGACGAUUAAUGCGCCAUGCAGGAAUGGAAGAUGGACCAGCCCUACAUCUCUUGAGUUCUACGGCUAGCGGCUUCGUGGUUUGCUGCUUCAUGCAUCCUCCCGACACGGUCAUGUCCAGAUUAUAUAACCAGCACGGCAAUCUCUACGGAGGCAUCUUCGACUGCUUGUACAAGACUGUCAAAACGGAAGGAUUACUCAGUGUCUACAAGGGAUUUUCAGCUCACCUUGCUCGGAUAUUACCGCAUACCAUCCUUACUUUGUCCCUUGCAGAACAAACGAACAAAUUAGUGCGAGGAGUUGAGACAAGGAUCCUACCACGAUCUACCAUGGACAAGCUAUGAGAGCCAUAUAGUGUGGCACAUGGUUCGCAUUCUCAGCGUUUGUACUAACAUUUACGGUAUGCUGGGGAUUUAUUGGGAAAGAUGGACCACGUCUUAUGAGCAUUUAGAGUCCUGUGGAAGCCGUAGACACAAUUAGCAAUGAGAGGCAGGUGGCAAUCCUCACUGAACCAGAAGUGGCAAUGCUUGACAGAGGGCAUAUGACCAGAACUGCUAUCAACGAGGUCAAUAAUACCUGGUCUUUGACACAAUACAGGGAGCAGAUGCGUCACUGCCGGAUCUGGCAUUUGGUAUUCGGAUGGGCACCCAGAUUGAGCAGACUUUUGUGCUGUAGGUGACUACCUUUUUCAAGCCAGGAUUACAACUGUCUGGCAGAGACGCACGCCCAGCGGAUAAUGCCAGCGUUGACAGCACUGUUUCUGAUGGUCAAAUACAGGCUGCGAGUGUUCAGCCUGGAGGAUACUCCUUGUGGUCUACACGGACGCCUUGAGCAUUCAAAAAAAAUCUGUGUUUUGGCCAUACGUGGUCCGCACCUACUCAAUUAGUCGAAGCCUGAGCUUGCAAUAUAAGAGUCCUCCAUACCGAAACAGCCCGAAGGCGCCGCCUUGUGCACAGAACCUC